GCUCCGCCCCCCCGCCCUCCGCCGUGGGAAACGCCGGGCCCCGCAGCCCCCGCCCGCCGGGUGAGGAGGGGGCGGCGGGGGCAGCCCUGCGGGGAGCCGCGGGGCGGUGCGGAGCUGCGCGGGGCGGAGCGGGGACCCGGCACGGUCCUGCGGAUGCUCCGGCAUCGCCGGGUGGAGCGGGGCCAGCUCCAGCCCGGCCCCCAUCGUUCACGCCCGGCACCGGCUCCGCUCCCCCGCUCCCUCCUCUCCCGGCACCGUCAUCAGUCCUUGGAUCCCGGCACCGGGACCGGCCGGCCUUCUUCAGCGCCGGCACCGGCUCUUCCAUCCCGGCGCCGACACCGCUCCUCUCCCGGCACCGGGACUGACCCUCCUCCCCUCCUCCCCCCGGCACCGACACCGGUUCUGCCCCGGCACUGGGACCAGUCCGUCUCCCCGGCGGUACCGGGGCUGCUGGUCCUUCUCCAGCAUCAGGACCGACCCUUCCCCGGCGGCACCGGGACCUCCCUUCUGUCCCAGCUUUUAAAACCCACAAAUACCGGAGUGGUGGUAACCAAAAGCCAGGCACGGCGGAGCGGAGUGCCGAGCUCUCGCUAAGCACAGGGGAGCUGGUGUCCCCCUAACCCGGCGGGGACGGGGAGCGGUGGCCAGGCAGGACCAGCCAAGGACCAGCCCCAGGGCUUUCUGCACCGGCACCGUCGGCAAUGCGAGCGAUGGCAGACCAGGCUGCGGUGGCAGCAGACGCCUCUCCAACCCUGGCACCAUCCCCGGGCUCACCUCGGUGCGGGGACACCGAUGGGCUAACGCUCCAUCCCACCGGCAACAGGGAGGACGGCUGCAGCCGGGAUGGCUGCGGGCUCAUUUUCGCCAUGGAUGGGGACAUGAAACCUCUCCCCUCGCCCCAGCCCGGGGGGAUGCUCCUGGCUGACCUCCCACAGGCCCCCCAGCCCCGGCUGAGCCCGGCCAAGUCCCGCACGGCCCCGUCCUCCCCCAGCGUAUCCCCGUCAGAGAGCCGCGCUGCCUUGCUCCGGCUGCGGGAGGCCAGGCUGGAGGACACCAAGAGACGGCUGUCGGAGGCUGUGCAGGAGCCCCUCAGCCGGCUCAGCCGGCUCAUGGCCGAGGAGAGCAGCCCCAUGUCCCGGGCAAAAGCGGGCACCAGGGGUCAGGAGACGGGGGGCCAUGGGGCUGGGGGACGCCGGGUACGGGACUGGAGCCCCUGGGAGCCCACCCUGAACUGCCGCUAUGAGAUCUGCUCCUACGGGGACGUGAUCCAGGUGGUGGAGGUGGCACAGAAGGAUGCUGAGCCCCAGCUGCCAACCCCCGAGGAGCCACCGCCAGCACGGCCGGGGGGCACGGUGCCAGGCAGAGCCCUCGCCUCCGUCGCCCUCCUCGCCUACGGCUACUUCAUCCUGCCGCUGCCACCCUACGCCGCCGGCCUCUGCCUGGGGCUCAUCUGUGGGCUGGUGCUGGGCUUCCUCGCCAUCCUCCUCUUCAUGCCAAAGCCUCCGCCGACGGCACGGGUACCACGGGGCCGCCUGCGCCCCGAGCUGCUUGUGGGGGAGCCAUGGGAAACCCACCACCUCCAGGGCUGGAUGAACCAGCUGCACGUCUACGACCCCGAGCUUUUCCACCCCUCGCUGACGCACUCGGUGCUCGCCACGCUGGACGGGGCCACCCUCAAGCUCUCCUACCCCAAGAGCAACAUCCCGCGCCGAGCCACCUUCGAGGAGGAAAUCCUCGACGCCGUCUUCAUCAGCCACCGCUACUACGACCUGACUGAUGCCAAGGUCUUCCUCUGCCCCCCCAGCCUGGCCCGAAAGCGGAUGUGGAACAAGAAAUACCCCAUCUGCAUCCUCCUCCCUGAUGCAGCAGACAUGGAGUGCAGAAGCAGUGAGGAGCACGAUGCGGAGCUGCAGAGGGAUGAAGGGACGAAGAAGGUGUCGGUGCCGGGGCAGGACGUCCCUGGGGACUGCAGGGAGAGGUGCCUGUACCUCUUUGGGCGAACGGGGAGGGAGAAGGAGGAGUGGUACCAGCACCUCGUGCGAGCCUCCCGUGGGACCCCCAGCAGCAGCCACGGAGAAGCCAGGGGAGGCGCGGGACCAGCUCCGCAGAGCAGCGGCAGCAGCAGUGGAGGCAGUGCCGAGGACAUCCCCUCCGCCAUCCCGUCCAAGGACCUGGAGGGAAGCGUACAACAGAUUUUCCUGGAUUACAGCACCUACAUGGCCCGAUUUGUGCCAGCGCAGGCGGGGGGCAGCCCGGACCAGAGCCCCUCUCACGGAGCACUGGGCAGCCCCACGCCCACCAAGGGGCUCGCGGCUUCUGUCCCUCCGCAGCUCGGUGAGGACCCAGCCAGGCGCAGUGAGCCAUGCAUGGCCUGGAUGAACGCCCUGGUGGGGCGCAUCUUCUGGGACUUCCUCCGGGAGCCAUACUGGGCCGAGCAAGUGUCCAACAAGAUCCAGAAGAAGUUGAGCAAGAUCAAGCUCCCAUAUUUCAUGAAUGAGCUGACGCUGACGGAGCUGGACAUGGGCACAUCCAUCCCCUCAAUCCUCAGUGCCUCCAGCCCCACUGUCAAUGACCGAGGGCUCUGGGUGGACAUGGAAGUCACCUACAGCAGCUCGUUGCAGAUGACGCUUGAGACGAAGAUGAACCUCUGCAAGCUGGGGAAGGAGAGCGCUGCUGAGGAGAGCGGCCCAGCAGAGACAGGCGGAGAGGGGGCCAGGCCACGGCUGAUCCUGCUGGCAGACAGCGACGCGGAGUCGUCCAGCGCCGGCUCCUCUGAUGAGGAAGACGUCGCUACUGCAGAGCCCAUGGGAGCCCUGGGGGAGAGGGUCCCACCACCCGGCACUGAGGGCCACAUCAGCGGUAACAGCACAAGCCGGAAGAUCCUGCGCUUCGUGGAUAAGAUCGCCAAGUCCAAGUACUUCCAGAAGGCCACUGAAAACGAGUUCAUCAAAAAGAAGAUCGAGGAGGUUUCCAACACGCCACUGCUGCUGACGGUGGAGGUGCAGGAGCUGGCAGGGACCUUGGCCGUGAACAUCCCCCCGCCGCCAACCGACCGUAUCUGGUACAGCUUCCGAGUCCCGCCCCAGCUGGAGCUGAAGGUGCGCCCAAAGCUGGGCGAGCGGGAGGUGACGUUCCUCCAUGUCACUGAGUGGAUUGAGAAGAAGCUGCAGCAUGAAUUUCAGAAAAUUUUGGUGAUGCCAAACAUGGACGAUCUCAUCAUUCCCAUUAUGCACUCUGGCCUGGAUCCUCAGCCACCCACUGGGGGACUGCCCAGAGACCUACCAGCCAGGGGAGAGAGGAGGCCUUGAAGCACAGCCCCACGGGGAGGGCAGAGACACUGCACAGAGCUCAGGGACCUUGCUGGGACACGGAGCCAGCCAGGGCCUGGUCACUGACCGCACCCAGGGCUAUGCUGUGGGGUCUGAGCUUCUCGGUUCAUCUCAUCCUCAGCACUUAUGUAGAUGAGCCUCCUCCUUAAAUACUGCAAGCACACGUUCAGAGCAGAACCAGACCCAAGGAAACGGGUUUGCUGGAGACCCAAGAACUUCAUGCACGUCCUACCAGGUUCCCAGGACUCCUGGUCAAGUGGGCAGCUCUGGACCAGCGGAGGGCUGGGCUUUCCACUGUCUGGUUCCCAAAGAGGAAGCAGGACGCCCAGACCGGUUCUGCACUGAAGGAGUUGUGAUCAUCGCUGAUCCAAGACAUCACAGCUCCAAAACACAUCACACCCUCCCCGCAGCUGGACUGCAUGGAAAACAUGGGUGGGAAAUGAGUCCAAAAUAUGAAUAAACCCAUCACUGCCCAGUCUUACCUAGCACCCAUCUUCUCGUACACAAGUUCCCACAUCUGCUGAGGAUGCUGGCUGGGAUCGUGGGGCUUUGUGCAAAGAGAAGUCCACAGGUCAUACUUUCAGCCCAGCCAAAGCAGUGCCUGGGUGUGCGUGUGUGAGGGGCAGUGAGGGGAGAGAUGGUCAAUGAGACUGGGCAGAGGCAGGUAACGGGGAGGGCCUGUACUGCCAGCGGAGACUGGGGCAGAAGUGCUGGUACCUGCUCUGCUCUCCUUCGGAAGAGAGGAAGGGGAGUGUUCACCACGGUUUGGGUGAAUGCAGGCAGUGGGAAAAAAUUAAUUGAGCAAGGGGAAGGGAGGACCCAGAGGACAGAGCAGACACUUGGCUGUCCCAGUUAGUCCCUGUCCAAAUGGGCCAGCCCCAAGUGCUACUUGUCCCAUCCUCACCCGCUGAGGAGCCUCAAGGACACACUGCUGCCCACAGGCAGCACUGAAUACAGGCAAGACACCCCUCCCGAAGGAAGACAG